AUGAAACAGAUUCAAGGGUUCAGAAUUCGACUGAAGCUCGUUAAAGCCUUCAAAUGGGUAACUCACGAAAGAAAAACGCAUUCUAGAUACAGUAAACUAAAACCAACAAACUGUAGAGAUAAAGCAAUAGCAAGGCUCUGCAAAUUAGGCCGGAGUUUGAAGAGGAGUCUGAAGGAGCUUUGCUGUUCGAAACCCGGUUCAUAUUAUGCUCGGAUCGGAGUGGGAAUCUCCGGUGAGAAAAAACCGGUGCCGAGAGGGCAUUUGGCGGUGUACUUUGGUGAAGAAGAAGACGAUGCGCAUAGGGUUUUGGUGCCGGUGAUAUAUUUUAAUCACCCGUUUUUUGGCGAACUGUUGAGAGAAACUGAGAAGGUUUACGGGUUUGAUCAUCGUGGUGGCAUUCAUGUACCCUGCCGGAUAUCGGAGUUCGAGAAUGUACAAAUGAGGAUUUGUUCCGCCGGUGGUUGUGGUGGAAGAAGCGGCCGUUCAUGGCGGAGGUGGUUGUAG